AUGUCCGCCAACGACAAGGCCGCCUACGGCGUCGAAGGCGUCCACGGUGUCGAAACCGUGGGCGACCGCUACGACGAGAAGACUGAGAAGAAUGUCGAGGGCAUUCCCCACGCCACUGUGACCUCCGCCGCCCUCAACGGCGGCGAUGACCCCAUUGCUGCUCACGACCUUGAGGUUACCGGCUAUGAACUUGAGGCUAUUGAGGGCAAGCUCCCGCAGAUGUCCACUGAACGCACCAAGCUCAUCAUCGCCCAGCUGUACGAGAUCCACAAGUACGACCAGAACUUCCCCCGUCCUACUCUGGACCGCAUGCAAGAGUUCCUUCAGCGUCCGGACCACCUCGACCAGGCUACUCCGGCCCACGAGGAUGACAAGGUCGGCGAUGACGAGCUGCUCAAGGAGAUGAAGCUCGAGGCUCUGCUUGCCACCGAGAACUCGCCUUACCUCGAAGUCCGUGCCAACGUCGACCCCACCGACGACCCCGACAUGCCGUCGCUCACCUUCCGUGUCCUCGUUCUCGGUACCAUUGCCUCUGGUCUUGGCUCGUUUGUCGACACCCUGUUCGCGAACCGUAACCCCGCCAUUUACAUCGGUGCCAACGUCGCCCAGCUGCUUGCCUACCCCGCCGGAAGGUUCAUGGCCACUACCCUUCCCCGCAAGACGUUCCGCACUUUCGGCAAGGAGUGGACCUUGAACCCUGGGCCCUUCUCGCCCAAGGAGCACAUGCUCAUCACCAUCAUGGCCAACGUGUCGUUCAGCUCGGGCUACACCAACUCGAUCAUCCCCACCCAGGCAAUGAGCUUCUUCUUCGACAUGCAGUUUGCUCGCAAGUUUGGUUACCAGCUCCUGAACACCUUGGGCUUUACCUUUGUCGGUUACGGUCUCGCUGGCCUCACCCGUCGCUUCCUUGUUUAUCCAUCGGUGGCCGUCUGGCCAUCGUCCCUCUCGAUCGUCGCGCUUAACAAGUCGUUCCACACGACCGUCAACGAGCCGGUUCGCGGCCCCUUCGGCAAGAUUUUCACCAUGUCCCGUGAAAAGUUCUUCCUCUACACCUUCGGUGCCAUGUUCAUCUGGUUCUGGUUCCCCGGCAUGAUCUGGCAGAGCUUGAGCUAUUUCUCGUGGAUGACCUGGAUUGCUCCGAACAACAUCCACCUUUCCGCGGUUACUGGUAUGGCCGGCGGUAUGGGACUGAACCCCUGGCCCACUUUCGACUGGAACAUCCUGAACGCCAACGGAACCAACCCUCUCACUCUCCCCUCGUUCACCAUUGUCAACCAGAUGAUCGGUGUCAUCGCUGCCGCUCUCAUCUCGAUUGCCGUGUACUACCGCAACGACUGGAACACUGGUUACAUUCCCAUCAACUCGAACAAGGUUUGGGCCAACACUGGUGCUCGUUACAACGUCACCAAGAUCCUUGACGAUGACUCCAACCUCGACCCCGCCAAGUACCAGACCUACUCGGAGCCUUGGAUGGGUGCCGGUUACAUUGUCUGCUUCAUCUUCUACUUUGCCAUGUACUCGGCCACCCUUACCUACUGCGUCCUCUACCAUCGUCACGACAUCGCCCUCGGCUUCAAGAGCUUCACCAAGGUCAUUCGUAAGCAGUUCCGCCGCGGCCGCCCCGAGGACGAGGAGGAGGACGUCCUUGCAGAGGAUGUCCACAGCCGUCUCAUGGCCAGGUACAAGGAGGUCCCCGAGUGGCAGUAUCUCAUCGUCCUCCUCAUCGCCAUGGUCAUGGGUAUGGUCGGUGUUGGUGUUUACCCCACCCACGUCACUCCCGCCGUCCUCAUCUUUGGUAUCAUCAUGCCCCUCAUCGUCAUGAUCCCCUGUGGUCUCGUCCAGGCCGUUACCGGUAUGCCCAUCCCUCUCAACGUUCUUGCCGAGUUCAUCGGCGGUGCCAUCGUCCCCGGUAACGCCAACUCGCUCAUCUACUUCAAGACCUACGGAUACAUUGCCACAUACCAGGCUCUCGCCUUCUCCUCGGACCUCAAGCUCGCGCACUACCUGAAGAUCCCGCCUUACCACACCUUCGCCAUGCAGAUCUGGGCCACCCUCAUCUACUGCUUCGUCUGUGCUGGUCUCCAGAACUACAUUCUUGCGUUCAAGGGCGUGUGUACCUCGGCUGCCAAGUUCGGCAUGAGCUGCCCCGGUGCGAACACCUUCUUCACCUCGGCUGUCUUCUGGGGAACUCUUGGUCCCGCCAGGCUCUUUGGUCCCGGCAAGCGCUACAACCUCAUGCUCCUCGGCUUCCCCGCCGGUGUCGUUGUCGUUCUCGCUCUUUGGGUUCUCCGUAAGAAGUUCCCCCGCUCCGAGAUGCUCCGCCAGGUCCACCCCGUCAUGUGGUUCGCCGGUGCCGCCUACUGGGGUCCUCCUUACAACUUCUCGUACUUUGUUGGCAACGUCUACGUCACCCUCCUGUCUUUCGGCUACAUCCGCAAGAGGUACGCUGCCUUCUGGGCCAAGUACAACUACGUCCUGGCCGCCUCGUUCCCCGCCGGUAUCGCCAUUGCCGCCAUCAUCAUCUUCUUCGGCACUGCGAUCCCCAAGGAUGGCUCGAUCUACCUCGACUGGUGGGGCAACAACGUUGUCAGCGCUGGAUGCGAGGGUGGUGGCUGCCCCCGUCUCACCCUCGCCGACGGUGAGGUGUUCGGCGCCCCCGUUAACAGCGGCCUGUUCACCUAA